UGCGUAUUGCAUGAAGAUGGGCACAAUCGUGAAUAUCGCCCUCGACUGGACACCGAACACCAACCACGCUGGAUUCUACAUUGCAAAGCAAAAAGGAUGGUACGCUGAGGCCGGAUUGGACGUGCGGCUGGUUAGUCCGCACGUAGACGAGUACAAAACCACGCCGGCGUCGCGGGUAGCCGAUGGCUCAUGCAUGUUCGGCGUAACGCCAUCGGAGAGCGUCAUCUCAGCACAUACCUGGGGCAAUGCUCCCGGCGCAAAGCCUAAACUCGUAGCCGUAGCGGCAAUUCUUCAGGACUCCACCUCCGCCAUCGUCACCCUAGCC